CAACAAGCAGCAGUCGCGUUACGACCGUUUUAUUUCGUUGUUCAUCCGGAUCGUUUCGCGAAUAAACCCGACAUCAAAUCACACAAUGAACAGUCACUUAAGACAUUCAAUGGCUACUUGAAUGAUUUAUUUCCGUUGAGAAGAGUACCGGAUCCGGUCAAGGUGGAGUUUUAUCUGGCCGAAAAGAACGUUAAAAAUCUUCGAAAAGUGCAAAUCUCAUUGUCCGGAACAGAUGCGCGUUCUAUUGUUGUAACUGCGUUGACGCAGUGUAAUCUGCCGACGAAAAAUGUGCCAACGACAUUGUCAGAUUCAGUCAGAAGCGGUAAACCGCGUAAUUCAUUCGACUCGAGUGAAAUGGAUGCCGCCGAAGAGAUGAUGCGAUUAUUUCGCAAAAAACGUUCGAAAUACUUCCGAAGAAACGAUCUUACGGCCGCUUUGAAGAAACAUAAAGAUGCUGCCAGCGAGGCUGUUAGAGCGUUCGAAAAGACUUCCGAACUGCUUAAGGAGGAAAUAGCGGAACUUCGAGAACGGGCUGGCGUCACCGAGAUAUUCUGGACGACCGACUGGUCGAAAUCGCAUAUGCGAAGGUGUUUGGUUUCGGUGAAUCGAGUCAUUGACCAUGCAUCCGCAUCGCACAACAUCGCUGGAUCUGAAAAUCCCAUUGUUGCCGCUCUCCGUGGAUACUGUCUAAGGUUGGUCAAUGCCAAGACAUGCAUGCUUCAGUUGAAUUCUGCAUUUAUCCUUUCUAUUAUUGUGGUGGUUGAUGUCCGUCCUUUUUUGUUGUCAGUGAUUAAUAACUGA